CCCUUACUCUCAUUGAUAAACCACUUAGCUUUCGAGUACCUAAAGAAAAUAGUAUCUUGAAGAUAAAUAUUGUUAAUAAUUAUUUAAAAUGGCUGAAGAUGUACCAAAGUUAUUAGAAAAUCAAAAAUCUUUUGCCGGAAUACCGGAAUGCAAAUUUGUGGAAGAUGUUGAUGCAUUUAUGGCUCAAACAGAUAACCAGAACAAUGUGGAGUCAGUUUUAAAGCAACUUGACGAGCAACAUAGCAAAUACAAGUUCAUGGAAUACAAUAUUUUGGCCAGAAAACGACGUCUCCGUACACAAAUACCAGAUUUGACCAAAUCAUUAGACAUGAUAAAGAUUUUGAAACAACAAAAUGAUACAUUAGAUACUCAAACUCUUUUGAGUGAGCAAGUAUUUGUUAAGGCAAGUGUUCCACCCACAAAAACUGUUUGUCUUUGGUUAGGAGCAAACGUGAUGUUGGAGUAUGAUUUGAAUGAAGCAGAAAAACUAUUGAAACAAAAUAUUACCGCGGCAGUUGAAAAUUUAAAAUGCUUGGAAUAUGACCAAGAGUUCUUACGGGAUCAAUUAACUACUACUGAAGUCAAUAUGGCCCGUGUUUAUAAUUGGGAUGUAAAACGAAGAGAAUCUCAAGGAAAGAUGCAUUAAAAUAAACAUGUACUAGCUACAUCAUGUUUUUUUAUAUUUCUUGCUGAUUUUAACUUCUUAAAUUAGCUAGAAAUAAAUUCUUAAUUACUUGCAGAAAAA